AUGAGCCCCGGGGGCGCGGGCUGCUCCGCUGGGCUGUUGCUGACGGUCGGCUGGUUGCUCCUGGCAGGCCUGCAGUCCGCAUGCGGGAAGAACGUCACCGCCAUCCAGGAUCCCAGCCUGGGCCACGCGGAAGAAGAGAGCGAGGCCGACAGUGAGAAUGAAAGCGAGAGCGAGAGCGUGGAGGCCGACGACGAAGGCCACGAGCUUGACAGCGAGAUGCUGCCGCAGGCCUUGACUGAGGAGGAUGUUUCAAAUUCGACGAUAGUCAAAGAAGUAGAAUUUGGGAUGUGCACUGUCACAUGUGGUGUUGGUAUUAGAGAAGUUAUAUUAACAAAUGGAUGCCCUGGAGGUGAAUCUAAGUGUAUUGUACGAGUGGAAGAAUGCCGUGGACCAGUAGACUGUGGCUGGGGUAAACCAAUAUCAGAAAGUCUUGAAAAUGUUAAACUGGUAUGUGUUCAUACAUCUCCUGAAAAUCGUUUCAAGUAUAUUUGGAAACUUUUAAGGCCAGAUCAACAAGCCAUUGUACUUACAAACGAUACAGCAGUCCUGGAAGUACACAGGGAAAUUCACCCCGUGGCUUUUGAGUGUGAUACUUUGGAUAAUAAUGAAAUAGUAGCAUCUAUUAAAUUCACAGUCUAUACAACUAAGGAAUUACAGAUGAAAAGAUCAAGACCACCAGACACUGAUGCAGUGCUUGUUUUUGUGCUGACCAUAGGAGUUGUUCUCUGUAUAUUUGUGAUCUUUGUACUCAUCUUCAUAAUUAUAAAUUGGGCGGCAGUCAAGGCUUUCUGGGGGUCAAAAACCUCAACGACUGAGAUACAUUCUGAGCUGAGUUCAAUGAGAUACAAAGAUUCAACUUCUCUUGACCAAUCACCAGCAGAAAUACCUGGACAUGAAGAUGAUGCUUUAAGUGAAUGGAAUGAAUGA